AUGUCGUUUGCAACUAGAAAUACUUGCAUAUGCAGCAGCUGUUUUAAAAGACAGCACGAAAUUAUUGUUAAUGACCAACGGCAUGCUAAAAGCGGGAAGAGGUGUGUCAUCAAGCCAUGGACACCUUCCUCAGCCAAAGAAAUUGAGAAAAAUGUUUGGAAAGUGUAUCAAGAAAAGUUGAAACUUCAAGCUACCCGUGGAUGCCAGCGAUUAGGUAAAAAAUCAAUCGACUACAUUGAGGUUGUCCGCAAAAUUUGUCCUUCAGAGAUAUUUGUGGAAAAACCAACCAGUGCUAACAGCCGGUCUUUGAUUCUGGAUGUGAACUGCCAGAACUUUUGGGAUUUUGUCUAUGGGCAGUCAUGGAAAGGAAGAGUAAGAGUUUGCGAAGGAGAGCUGAUGUAUAAACUGAGAGAGACACUGAAAAUGCUUGUUAGUCAGGAAAAAAUUACAUAUUUUACUGUAACAAGGAUGUUUACAAACCACGAAUACAUCGUCCCCAAGUCCCCAGGGCUUGUAGUACGAGUGGAACAAACUUAUUAUGGAGGCGUACCAAAGAAGACAAAGAAAACAGUUAGAUGGAACUUGGUUCCAGAUAGCACGUUUACACCGCGCCUGAAAUGUGUAUCACCCAUUCUUAAAAAUGCAUGGGACAAAACUGCAACUCCUUUCCCUAAAAGUAAAGCCCCACAUGUCAAACGUUCCGAUAUGGAAAAUGAGCCCACGUUGCGCCGAUUUUCAACCAACGGAAACGAGCCCGAGAGAAUGUUUAAUUUAAGCGCAACUUUCGCAAAAGGAGACUUUGCGACAAUUUGCCUCCAAGCUACUGAGCAUUUUAUAGUUGUGAGAGAAAUGGUCACUAAUAGUAGAACCAUGAAUUCGUCAACGUCGUUCACGUUCAGAAGAAAGGAGAAUUUAUGUGGAACAAGCAAGAUUGCUAAGACAAUGAAUGAUUUCUACACUUCUGAAACCCUUGCUGAAAAUUUCGCUAAAACACCGGAGUUUAAACCAAGUACUCCUCUGCUGGAGAUGAAAAUUUAAUCUGUGAUUAGAAGAAAAUUUGCCUAUAAUCACAAGAAUAGUGCCAGAGUUACUAAAUGUUCCUUAUUUUUGAACUUCAAUAAAGUUCGUCGAUCGAACUAAAAAAUGCUAUCGAAACAAUCGUUAACGACAAAAUUAACCUUGUGAUAUUUUAAUUCCAUUGCAAAGGGCUUGAUAAUUUCUCAUCCAUGUCUUCACCUGCAAUUUCUGUAGCCUAAACGUUUAAAACUAAGUAAAACCCUAAGCAAAAUAUUGACCUGUAGUAAGUUUCUUCCUUUCAGUUGUGUGAAACUCCAGAUUUGUAAUUAAUUAAGUAAUUAUCAAAGGUUUUUUUUCUUGGUCUCACGUUUGUACUCGACGAUGACGGCAUGGAAAUUUGACAUGCUAAGAAAAUCUGUCAGAUGUAGGACGUGCCUCAAUUAUUAUUUAUCACCUAAGAAUGAGAAAAUGGUGUCGAAAUAAAAGCUUUCAUCGCUUCUA